CCACCACCAAGCACUACAACAAACACAAAACUUCACCCAAGCAUUGCUUACAGACCGCCAUCCACACCUCGGGAACUAUUGCAACAGCACACGCGACACGUCUCAAACCAGCAACAUGGCCAGCGAGAAGUCAGAAGUCCACAAGCAGGAGGCGCAGAUCAAGUCUGCGGACAUGAGCGAGGAGAUGCAAAACGAAGCCAUUGAAGUUGCACAGCAAGCAAUGGAGCAAUUCACCAUCGAGAAGGACAUUGCGCAGUUCAUCAAGAAGGAAUUCGAUAACCGCAAAGGCGCAACAUGGCACUGCAUUGUUGGCAGGAACUUUGGCAGUUUCGUUACGCACGAAACCAAGCACUUCAUCUACUUCUACCUCGGACACUGCGCCAUCCUCCUAUUCAAGACUCAGUAAGCACCAGCAACUGGAUUAAAGUACCGUCGGCCGUCUGGAGUUAUCACUUGCUUUUUGUUGAAUUGCGAUGUCUGGACUUCUGGAGCGCACUUCUCACCACGGCCCAGGUUCUAGAGUACGGUGACCUGCUUGGUUGUCAUGAGCAUGACUCUGGUCGGAAUUGUACUCCACAUUUUAGUCAUCGGCGGUCGGUGUUCUUUGUUGUCUGUUUGUUCAGCGGCAUCAAGAGCGCGAGGAGGGGUUCACGGAGUCCGAGAAGAAGGGAGUCUCUGAACAUCACGAUUACCACGGGUCUCCUUUCACGUCUGACAGUGGAGGCCCAUCGAUAAACUAAAACGGCAGAUACACACAUUCAAUAUUUGAAUCCUGACCGAGGUCGAGAAGUGCAAAGCAU